AUGCGAAGAAUACCGUGGUACUGGGGGGGGUCUUUCGCAGGCACCGAGCUUGUGCGACGCUUGACCGAGACAUUACCAACCGGCUACAAGGUGGUGUGGAUUGAGAAGCACUCACACUUCAACUACAUCUUCAAUUUCCCACAGUACUCAGUCUUGAAGGGACACGAGCAGAGGGCUUUCAUUCCAUAUGAUUUUAUCGCAAAGGGUGCUCCCCUAGGCAUUCUCACUCGCAUCCAAGAGGAGGCUAUCGCCAUGACAGAUUCUCAGGUCUUACUGGCAUCUGGUGAGAGGAUCGACUACGCAUGUCUCGCCAUUGCGACGGGGACAACGCAGCCGUUGCCUGCAAAUUUAUCAUGCAAUAAACGGAGUGAAGCAUGUCCAAAGCUCCAGAGCGCACAGCAGACUAUCGAGACCAGUCCGAAGAUUGCUGUUGUUGGCGGUGGUGCAGUGGGUGUCCAGCUUGCAGGCGAUAUCAAAGACUUUUUUUCGCAUUUGGGGAUGUGGCCGAUCAUUCCGGUCCGCGAAUGGGGCGUGCGGGUUGGACACAAGCGGGUGUAG